AUGUCUCCGUGUGUGCGGCGGCGGAGGCGGCGGCGGCUCCAGGGGAGGGCACGGGGGAGGGAGCGAGCCCGAGCCCCGGCUACGCUGUCGGGGGAAGGGGAGGAGGAGGAAGGAAAGGGGAGGGGGGAGGAAAAGAAAAGGGGAGAGGAGGAAAAAAAAAAAAAAAAAAAAAAAAAAAAAAGAAAGAGGGAGGAGGAGGAGGGCCGGGAAUCCAGGUUACUCGUCGGCAGCGAGGAGCGGGGAGGGGAGGAGGAGGAGCCGCGGGGUCACGGGGAAGGGGCGCUCCGCCCUCCGGCCGGGCAGGCGGGAAGCGGCAGCGGCAGCGGGACGGGGAUCGGAGCGCUGCCGAGCCCAGGGGCCCCGGCUCCCUGCCUGCACAGUCCCCCAUCCCAGCCUGCAGCCCCCGAUCCCAACCUGAGCCUGCAGCCCCGAUCCCAGCUUGAGCCUGCAGCCCCCGAUCCCAGCCUGCAGCCCCCGAUCCCAGCCUGCAGCCCCCGAUCCCAACCUGAGCCUGCAGCCCCGAUCCCAGCCUGCAGCCCCCGAUCCCAGCUGCAGCCCCGAUCCCAACCUGAGCCUGCAGCCCCCGAUCCCAGCCUGCAGCCCCGAUCCCAGCCCGCAGCCCCCGAUCCCUGCCUGCAGCCCCCGAUCCGCCUGAGCCUGCAGCUCCGAUCCCAGCUCGCAGCCCCCGAUCCUGCACCCCGAUCCACCCGCAGCCCCGAUCCCUGCCUGCAGCCCCCGAUCCCAGCCUGCAGCCCCCGAUCCCAGCCCGCAGCCCCGCCUGAACUCUGCCCGCAGAGUCACAGAAUCAGCCAGGUUGGAAAAGUCCUCGGAGGUCACCGAGUACAGCCUAUGACCGGGCAUCACCGGACCAGAGCACGGAGUGCCGUGUCCAGUCUUUAA